AUGAAAGUACGCCAUGCUGGUGAUGUCCUAUUGUUUAUCGCUUAUGAUGGACCUUCAAGAAGCAGAACGAUCAAGUUGAAGGAGGAUCGUCGUGAACUUUCAUGUCAUGAUAACUUGAGCAUUGAUUUGUCUCUUGGCGUGAAAAGGUGUGGGGUAUAUCUUCACUUUGAUGAAAACCUAGCUAGCAAGAAGUACUUUGAUGAGUAUUUGAGUGAAGAGGAUUCGGUUGACGAGGUCGAUUACGAAUGA